UGUGCGUCCGGAAGUGACUGUUCCUGCGCCAGGGUGGACCGGGAAGCCCGGGUCCUACCCUGCCUGGGCGCAGCUAGGCACGCUGAUGCGGUGCCGACCGGGUGGCCAUGGCGGUGUUUCACGACGAGGUGGAGAUCGAGGACUUUCAAUAUGACGAGGACUCGGAGACAUAUUUCUACCCUUGCCCCUGUGGGGAUAACUUUGCCAUCACCAAGGAAGAUUUGGAAAAUGGAGAAGAUGUGGCAACGUGUCCUAGCUGCUCACUCAUUAUAAAAGUGAUUUAUGACAAAGAUCAGUUCAUGUGUGGAGAAACAGUCCCAGCACCUUCAACCAACAAGGAGUUAGUUAAAUGCUGAAGAAACUCUCAGAUACCCACAUCCUGAGCCCAGGCGGAUGGAUCCAGUGCAGAGUUACCAACCUCCUCAGUGGGCAGGUGCAGGGAUGUGAUCAUCAGCCACUGAACUCAGCAUGAAAAAGUGAGCCUGUGACAUGCCAGCCCUGGAUUCCAUACUUACGUGGGACUGGAAGGAUUCCUAAUUGUCCGUCUGAAUUUAAGGAAGAGCCUUAUUAUAAACUGGUGUUUUUUCCUUCAGUUGGUCGCAUCAUUUGAACAUCUAGAAAUUCAUUUUCUGAAAAUAACAUCAUCCGCCUCAA